CGAACAUGGCGGCGGCGGUCGGGCGGGACACUUUACCUGAGCACUGGUCCUACGGCGUGUGUCGGGACGGCCGCGUCUUCUUCAUCAAUGACCGGCUCCGCUGCACGACCUGGCUGCACCCGCGCACCGGGGAGCCCGUCAACUCCGGCCACAUGAUCCGCUCAGACCUACCCCGCGGCUGGGAGGAGGGCUUCACGGAGGAGGGCGCCAGCUACUUCAUCGACCAUAACCAGCAGACCACAGCAUUCAGGCAUCCUGUGAGUGGGCAGUUUUCUCCAGAAAACAGUGAAUUUAUUCUUCAAGAAGAGCCAAAUCCACAUAUGUCAAAGCAAGAGAGAAACCAAAGGCCGUCCAGCAUGGUCAGCGAAACGUCCACGACCGGGACCACUUCCACCAUGGAGGCCAAGCCUGGCCCCAAGAUCAUCAAGUCCAGCAAUAAGGUCCACAGCUUCGGGAAGAGGGACCAGGCCAUUCGGAGGAACCUCAAUGUUCCGGUGGUGGUGAGGGGCUGGCUGCACAAACAGGACAGUUCUGGGAUGCGGCUGUGGAAAAGGAGGUGGUUUGUGCUUGCUGACUAUUGCUUGUUUUACUAUAAAGACAGCCGAGAAGAAGUGGUCCUUGGGAGCAUCCCUCUGCCCAGCUACGUCAUAUCGCCUGUGGGCCCUGAGGACCGCAUAAGUCGCAAGUAUUCCUUUAAGGCUGUGCACGCGGGGAUGAGAGCGCUCAUCUUUAAUAGCUCCACUGGGAGCUCUCCAGCGGAGCAGUCGGGCAUGAGAACCUACUACUUUAGUGCCGACACCCAGGAGGACAUGAACGCUUGGAUCAGGGCCAUGAACCAGGCUGCACAGGUGCUGUCUCGGUCGUCAAUGAAGAGGGACAUGGAGAAGCUGGAGCGGCAGGCAGUCCCCCAGGUCAACCAUGCAGAAUCCUGUCGUGAGUGUGGCCGCGUGGGACCCGGACACGCGAGGGAUUGUCCUCAUCGCCGCCACGAGGACUCCUUCGGCUUUGAGAGGCGGGAGCAAGAGGAAGAACGGUACCGUUCCCACCCACUGGAGGGCAAGAGGGACAGGAGCAAGGCCCGGUCCCCAUACUCACCAGCUGAGGAAGACGCCUUGUUCGUGGAUUUACCCGGGGGCCUGAGGGGCCAGCAGGCACAGCCCCAGAGGGCAGAGAAGAAUGGCAUCGCAUCUGGCCCAGGAGAGCAGAAUGGGACUGGAGGAUACCAGCGGGCCUUCCCUCCCAGGACCAACCACGAAAAGCACAGCCAGAGGAAGAGCAGCCUGGCCCAGGUGGAGCACUGGGCCAAGUCCCAGAAGGGGGACGGCAGGAGCCUGCCCCCGGACCAGACCCUUCCUCGCCACGGUCCCAGCCAGUCCCUGUCCUUCCCUGAAAACUACCAGACUCUUCCCAAGAGCACCCGGCACCCCUCAGGGGGCUCCUCGCCGCCUCCUCGCAACCUGCCGAGUGACUACAAGUACGCGCAGGACCGAGCCAGCCACCUGAAGAUGUCGAGUGAGGAGCGCCGGGCACACCGGGACGGCACCGUGUGGCAGCUGUACGAGUGGCAGCAGCGCCAGCAGUUCCGGCACGGCAGCCCCACGGCGCCCAUCUCCGCGGGCUCCCCGGAGUUCACCGACCAAGGCCGGAGCAGGAGCAUGCUGGAGGUGGUCCGCUCCAUCUCCGUGCCUCCAUCUCCCUCGGACAUCCCUCCCCCGGGGCCCCCGAGGGUCUUCCCACCCCGGCGGCCACACACGCCCGCAGAGAGGGUCACUGUGAAGCCACCCGACCAGCGGAGGAGCGUGGACAUCUCGCUGAACAGUUCUCCCAGGAAGGCAUGGGGCCCUACCACCAAGAACUUCUCUCACGUGGACCGACGCUCCAUGCCCUCCAUGGGUUACAUGACCCACACUGUCAGCGCUCCCAGUUUACAUGGGAAAUCGGCUGAUGAUACCUACCUCCAGCUGAAGAAAGACCUGGAAUACCUGGACCUAAAGAUGACAGGCCGGGACCUUCUCAAGGAUCGGAGCCUGAAGCCGGUGAAGAUUGCCGAGAGUGACAUCGAUGUCAAACUGAGCAUCUUCUGUGAACAGGACAGGAUCCUCCAGGACUUGGAAGACAAGAUACGAGCCCUCAAGGAGAACAAAGACCAGCUAGAGUCCGUGCUGGAGGUGCUGCACAGACAGAUGGCCCAGUACCGAGACCAGCCCCAGCACCUGGAGAAGAUUGCCUACCAGCAGAGGUUGCUGCAGGAGGACCUUGUCCACAUCCGGGCGGAGCUCUCCAGAGAGUCCACUGAGAUGGAAAAUGCCUGGAACGAGUACCUGAAGCUGGAGAGCGACGUGGAGCAGCUGAAGCAGACCCUGCAGGAGCAGCACAGACGGGCCUUCUUCUUCCAGGAGAAAUCCCAGAUACAGAAGGAUCUCUGGAGGAUCGAAGAUGUCAUUGCAGGCCUGAGCGCGAAUAAAGAGAACUUCAGGAUCCUGGUGGAAUCGGUCAAAAAUCCGGAGAGAAAAACGGUGCCUUUGUUUCCUCACCCACCUGUGCCUUCGCUCUCAACCUCUGAGAGCAAGCCGCCCCCGCAGCCCAGCCCUCCCACCAGCCCUGUGCGGACCCCCCUGGAGGUUCGCCUCUUCCCUCAGCUGCAAACCUACCUGCCCUACCGAUCUCACCCGCCCCAGCUGAGGAAGGUGACGUCUCCUCUUCAGUCACCCACCAAGACGAAGCCCAAAGUUGAAGAGGAGGCACCUCCCAGGCCCCCGCUCCCUGAGCUUUACAGCCCGGAGGACCCGCCCCCCGCCGUGCCGCCUCUGCCCAGGGAGGCCACCGUCAUCCGGCACACCUCAGUGAGGGGCCUCAAGCGGCAGUCGGACGAGAGGAAGCGAGACCGGGAGCAGGGACAGUGUGUGAACGGGGACUCGAGGGCGGAGCUCCGGUCCUACGUCAGUGAGCCUGAGCUGACGACUUUCAGUGGGGACACGGCCCAGCCUUCCCUGGGACUCCUGGGCCCCGAGACCAGGUACCAGACGCUGCCCAGCAGAGGGCUCUCAGGGUCCACGUCACGGCUCCAGCAGUCGUCCACCAUCGCUCCCUACGUCACCCUCCGGCGGGGUCUGGAUGCCGACAGCAGCAAGAUGACUUUCCCUAGACCCAAGAGUGCCUUGGAGCGCCUGUACUCAGGGGACCACCAGCGGGGCAAGAUGAGCGCAGAGGAGCAGCUGGAGCGCAUGAAGCGGCACCAGAAGGCCCUGGUCCGAGAGCGCAAGAGGACGCUGAGCCAGGGAGAGAGGGCGAGCCUGCCCGCGCCUCACUACCUCAGCCACCCGCACCCCGGAGACCUUGGCUCAGUAUGUUAGGAGGGUCCAGGCAGCUGGGGCUGGGACAGGGAGCAGAGCUUCCCCGGGUCCCCUGAACACAAGCGUGUCACACCCCUGAGUGAGUGGGCUGUUGACCCAGGUGGUUCAGAGAACACCUCACGGGGCUGUUUUGCUCACAAGCUGGGACGCAUGCGUGACCUGGUCAGAGGGUGAUUGGGAAGCAGAGCUGGCCUGAGGAUGUCACUGCAGGAGUCAAGGAGCCUGAGGAAACGCCCAGCCAGUCCUCUGAGUUGAGCUUGAAAGAGCCCUUUGUAGGCCUUCAGAGUCUUUCCGCUGAAUCGAGGACUUGGGAAUAUGUACUUGGUUUGAGGAUUCCAGGAGUGGAGGAGGAAGAAGGUGAUAGGAUUUGAUGAGGAGGAGCACAAGCCCACCAAACCCCCAAACUUCCGAGCAGAUGCCCUGUGGGGCAGCUGAGCACAGGGUCACGCCCCGCAGCUCUGGGCUGUGCUCUCCCUGCUUGUGGUGCCCACCGGCUUCAUGGUGCGCCAAGUGAGCCAGGGAACUCUGCUACCCCUGGUGGUGCUUCCCGGCACUGCACCCUGCCCACAGUCGCCUUAGGUCCAUUUUGGAUACAUCCCUUUCGACAUAACCCUGUUGUUUAAAACCGAGUGUUUCCCUAGACCUCAAGCCUGACUGUUCUUUCCCUCAUUCAUUGCACAAGCUCCUUUGCUUUUAGUGUCACCGCUCGUUGCCUCUCUAAUCCUGCCUGAUUGUAUUUACAGAAGCUUCUAAUUCUCGUUGAACGUUCUCUAACGGGCCUGUGCUCUUUGUCACCAGGCUUAUAAUAGCAGCUCUUGUCUCCAUAGACUAGCGAGCACUCCCGUGUGUGGCUCACCUUCCUGCUGCCCCCUCCGUGUAGGCCUACUGCUCACAAUGCACUCAUCCCAAAAGCCGCCCGCGAGACCGAGCCAGCCUGCCGCCUCAGGGCCGUGGUCGCUGGCAGAGGUCUGGGCAUUAUGAAUUUAUCACGGUCCGCAUCUUGCAUCUGGACAGUAGAUACAGACUUCAGAGAGUGUACAUGUGAAUAAAUUCUAUCAAGUUAAAGUGGUUUGGUUUUAAUUCCUUCAGUCCCAUUGAACAGUUUCUUAUGGAAAACUUUUUGUGUUUUUAGUAUUUAAUAACUUGAACAGAUGGCAAGCUACAUUAUGUUCUGUGUUCAGAGGGGCCUCUGCAGCUGUUAGCUCAGACACCAAAGGGGUAGGACCCAGGACACUCAUAUCCUGAAAAGCUGCAAAGCCAGUAACUUUUAAACUUUAUAAGCUAAUGUUAUGUGGGGUAACACUGACCUUUUACAACCUGAUGUCUCAAAUGUAGAAAGGUUAUCUAAUAGUCGUAACUUGAAUACCUUGUAAUUUUUCUCUUAAAAAAGAAAAGACUUGUGUAAGUCUCUGUAUCAACGCCAAUAAACGUGUUCCU